AUGCGGAAUGGUUCAAGGCUGCAACAGCUUGGACUUCCUGUUCCAGCCACCAUGCUUGGAAAAAAUGGAGGCAUUCCUCCUUACAAGAAUUUGCCAAAGCAUAGUAAUGGCCAAGACUCUGAUUCUGAUUACGAUCCUGACCAGUGUGAAGGCGAUUUGUGUGCUGCUAACAAAGCUAAGGAAGCAUUGAAGGUCUCAAACAAGACUUGCAAGGAAACCAGUAGCAAAAGUUCUGCUGACAUGGCUCCUGGUGGGGUGAAGCCUCGGCCUAAGAAGACAGUUGUUGCAGAUCAGCAAACAACUAGAACUAAAAGGCCUAAGAGAAGCUUGGCAGCAAGUGACAUUCCUGUGCCAACUCCAACUCCAUCCGUUUCUCGUACCAGGCAAGAUGAAGAAAAUGUUGGCAACUUUGAUGACCACCUACAGCCCUUUGUUCAAGAUGAUAGUUUUGACCAGCUUAACAGCAACAUCUCUGUUGCCAAUGGAAGUGAUGGCAUUGACAACCAGCAAUGUAAUAGUACUUCCCUACCUGAUGGGCACAACCUGGUGGCUAUCGAAGUAGAUCAUUCUGCCCAACCUGAUGCCAAUGACAUUGAAGAAGAGGAGACAUGCAUAAGGGGGUCUAAUAUGGGAAAAGCUCUCGAAAGGUUGUCACGGGCUCGGCGUGGCAAACUGGCAGUAGUCAUUACUGAAGGGAAGAAAAGGCCAGUAGUACCUCUUGUUGCGGCAAAGUUUGCAACUGAAUGCAAUAUUGCAGUGAGGAACGAUAUUCCUAUAUUGAAGAACUGGAAGGAAUACAAGAAGCAACCUGGGCUCCUAAGAAUAUUGAUGGGGAGACUUAAGAUAAAGUUUGAUAUCGACAUUAAUGCUGCUCCUGUUAAAAAGGCUUGCUAUGAGAUGAUGAAAUCCGCAGUUCGCCAACAACGUUACAAGCUGAAGAAAAAGUACUUUAAUCCUUACCCACUCCACUUAGUCACCAAAACUUCUCCUGUCAAGUCUAUGACUGAUACACAGUGGAAUGAUCUUGUGGAAUUCUGGAAGACUCCCCAAAAAAUUGAAGCUUGCGAAACAAACAAAACCAACCGAGGCAACGUUAAGUACCAUCAAACAACUGGCUCUCGCAGCUACGAGGUCCACUUGGAAAAUUUGGGAGACAAGUACAAAGAUCAGGAACUUGAUGCACUGGAUUUAUUCAAGGAGUGCCACUACAGCAACAAAAAAAAUGGCUAUACAGUUGUUGUCCAGUCUGCUAUUACUCAAAUGGAAACCAGGAUCGCCGAACCUGCAGAAGAACAAGAAACAAGGUCUGUGACAGAGGUCGUGGCAGGCGUGCUUGCUCAGAACACUAAGAAGAACACAUUUUUGCAAAAUGUGGGGAUCCACAACAACCAACCUAUAUCUGGUGGACAAAACCUUCAAGCUGAACUAUUGGCACAAAGGGAAAAUGCUGAGCUUCGAUUGCUGGUCAACUCUCAGCGAGAACAGAUGCAUGAGUUGUCCACGAAGCUACAAGAAACAGAGCAAGCAAGGACUAGGGACCGUGAAGAGAUGGCAAAGAAGCAAGCAGAGACUAAUGCAAAACUUGAACUUGUGUUAAGUAUGCUUCAGCGGCAUUAG